CUGCCUGGACUUGAAACUACGUUGGUCAAACACCUUUUUGGUUCUCUUAUAGUGCUCUACUUUGAACAAUGCCCAAGCUGAAGGAGAUCAAUCGAACCGCCACCAUGGCGUGGUUCUCCUCAUCUCAUACCCAUCUGCCCAUGAUCGCCACCGGAACAGUAGCUGGAGCUAUGGAUGCUUCAUUCUCCAAUGAUGCUGACCUAGAACUCUUCACCGUCGAUUUGGAGUCGCCAGAAUUAGAGUUGCAACCAUCGGCAAAGAUCAGCUGCUCAUCAAGGUUCAAUCGUCUUGCAUGGAGCCCUCAUGGCGGUGAUGCUGGUGUCAUUGCUGGUGGUAUGGAAGGUGGUGAACUUAACCUUUGGAAUACAAAGUCAUUAUUGGAUGGAAGUGAUGAUGCUGUUAUAUUCAAAAACUCUCAGCACACUGGCUCGGUUCGCGGAUUGUCGUUCAAUCCAUUUCAGUCUAAUCUAAUGGCUUCUGCUGCCGGCAACGGAGAGAUCUUCAUCUGGGAUCUCACCAAUCCUUCUAAACCAUAUUCGCCCGGAGCAAAGUCGCAAAAAAUAGAUGCCAUUACCGACCUUUCAUGGAACAACCAAGUCCAACAUAUUUUGGCAACUUCUUCCAAUACUGGCUAUACUGUUGUAUGGGAUUUGAGAAACCGAAGGGAAGUAGUCGCUUUGGCACAUGCUGGCGGAGCCUUGCCUGCUGUCAGAGGUGGCAUUUCAUCCAUUGCUUGGAGCCCAGACGUUGCAACCCAAAUUGUAACCGCCUCAGAGGACGAUUCAAACCCUGUCAUUGCCAUGUGGGAUUUGAGAAAUGCUCACGCCCCCGUCAAAACCCUCACUGGUCAUCAGCAAGGUGUUUUGUCUCUUUCUUGGUGUCAAAAGGAUUCUGAUCUGUUGCUGUCCUCUGGCAAAGACUCUAGAACGAUUUGCUGGAACCCUAGAUCCGGUGAAAUCAUUGGCGAGCUUCCCGUUAGCCAUAACUGGACUUUUGAGGUCGACUGGUACAAUCCCAAUCCUGACUUCUUCGCGUCUGCUUCCUUUGAUGGCAAGAUAUCUAUUCAUUCCUUGCAAGGAACUAGCCGUGAGCAACCCGCUGAUGCUUUUGCUCAAGAAGCCGUCAGCAAUGAUCCAUUUGCCCCUGCUGCAUUCGCUCCUCAACAGGGUGAUGGUCUUAAUCUCAAGCAUCCUCCCAAGUGGCUUCGUCGUCCUGCCGGUGCUACUUUUGCCUACGGUGGUAAACUGACAAGCUUUAAUAACGCCGCAGUUUUGAAGAAUGCCAAUGCCGAUCCCCAAAACGUUGUCGAUCCUCGCAGUGUUGCCCAUACCGUCAAGAUCACCAACAUUGCUCUUGACAAGGACUUGAAUGAACGAGUUUCACAGUUGCAAACUGCCAUCGAAAAUAAUACAUUGGCCGAAUACGCACAAAACCAUGUGUCUGGUGACAGCUGGACCAUUCUUCAAGCUCUCAUGAAGGAAAAUGUUCGCGAGCACCUUGUCAAUGAUCUUGGCUUCGAUAAGGAUCAAGUCUUGACUCAAAUUUCACAAGCUGUUGCACAGCUUAAAGUCUCUAGCGGUGAGGGCACAGACAAAAUAGAAUCCUCGGAGGUGGCUGUCGCUCAAGAGGCUGCUGUUCCUGAAGAACCAGCCGCAGCCGCCCCUACUGAACCAGAAUCAAGUGAAGUGGAACAACCUGAAGCAAAUGAUGAGAUGACUGGUUUAUUUUCUGGAUCGUCUGGUGCUGAAGCCGACUUCUUGGUUGGAAGCACCGCCGCACCUGUUGUGGAUACCACCGAGCCAGCCGUUGUUGAGGAGCAAGCUCCUGUGCAAAAAGCUGCCGCCAAGCCUUUCAAAAUAUAUCCUGAAGGCAGCACGGAUGUGGAUUCUUUGAUUACCCGAUCUUUAGUCCUGGGUGAUUUUGCUUCGGCCGUCGAUAUGUGCUUGAGUGUGGAUCGUUGGGCUGAUGCCUUGAUGUUUGCUGUCUGUGGUGGUGAAGAAUUGUUAAACCGUACUCGCAAGGUUUACUUUGAACACCAGAUCGAAAAGACGCCUUAUCUCCGUCUUGUCCAGGGCAUCAUUCAUCACGAUCUCCAAGAUAUCGUCAUCAAUGCUUCUUUGGAGGAUUGGCGUGAAGUCAUGGUCAUCCUCUGCACCUUUGCCAAGGUUGACGAAUUCGAAUCUCUUUGCGAAACCCUUGGUCAGCGCUUAGAGGCACACUCUCCUGCUCAAAUCCAAAACGCUCAGCUCUGUUACCUUGCUGCUGGCAAGCUUCACAAAGUCGUCGGAAUCUGGAUUGCUGAUCAGGAAGCUGAUCAAUCCAAACCUGCUGCUCAGUCUCUCCAUGAGCUUAUGGAAAAGGUGACCGUUUACAGAAGUGCUAUCAACUUUGUUGACUCUGACAUGGAUGCUCAGCCUGGACAGUCCUUCCAUUUGUCCGCCCUUUACGACAAGUAUUGCGACUAUUCUAGAAUCCUCGCUACUCAAGGCAACUUGACUGCUGCUUUGUACUUCAUUGAUCUGAUUCCUCAAUCCUACCGUUCAGAAAAGGAGGAUAUCCUGAGUGUGACUAGAGAUCGUCUUCAUCAUGCCGAUGGCAACGCUGCUCGUGCAGGACCCGUACCAUUCCCCUUCGAUUCUCUACCCAUUGGUGGACUUGGACAGCAGCAACAACAACAACCACCCGCCCAACAGCAGCAACCACAACAAGCUGCUGCCGCUUACGGAUAUGGAUCAGCAUACGGCUCUACAGCUCCAGCUGGUCAACAGCAACAGACACAGCGUUAUGAUAAGCCUUUGCCAGCUACUGCUCCUGCUAAUAACGCUUACCAAGGUUAUACUCCUGCUCAGCCAGUGCAGCAGCAAAGCCCAUAUGCUCCCCAAGCUGCUCCUCAACUUAUGAAUGCGGGCGUACAGAGCCAAUCUUAUAAGCCUGCACCCACCAGUGGCUACAUGCCUCCCCAACCUACGCAUAGCCAAACACCAUCGUACGGUCAGCAAGGUAGUUAUGGAGCACCUUACAACCCUUACCAGACUCAGCCUACACAGGCAGCUCCUCUGCCCCCUCCGCCUUCCAACACUGAGUCAGUAGCUAACUACCGCAAGGAUAUUCCCGCUUGGAAUGACCCACCGAUGCUUUCUCGUGCUUCCCCUGCUUCUGCCAACAAGAGACCUAGCACACCUAACGCUGGACCUCAGCGUAUCAUGUCACCUUUCCCCAAUUCCGCUCCUAUGCAAAACGCUCCUAUGGGAGGAGCGCCUAUGAGCAAUGGGCCACCACAACAACAGCAGCAGCACGCACCUUUGCCACCACCUCCUACUGGAGGUGUGGCUCCAUCACCGUUGUAUCGUAGCGCAUCCCCUGCUACAGGCUAUAGACCCAUGUCACCGACCAUGACUCAACGAGGACCAGGACCUUAUGGAGCUCCUCCUAUGCAUCCUGGACAGCCACCACAGCAACAACCUGGUCAUAUGCAUGCUCCACCUGCCGGCCCUCCAGCAUCCGCUCCUGCUCCAUCUCCUGUAGCAGCACCAGCCCCUCCUCAGCCCAAGCGCCAUCCCAGAGGAGACCAAACUCACAUCCCAGCAGCACAAAAGGUCAUUGUUACUUCUUUGACAGCUGAACUUCAGCGAGCAAGACAAAAUUCGGGCCCUGCUCAAAAGCGUAUGUGGGACGAUGCAGAGAAGAGAUUGGUGGUGAUGAGCGAUAUGUUGAAUAACCAAGAGUUGUCAAGUGGAGUGACCGACCGAAUGAUUGCCCUUGCUCAAGCCUUGCAACAACGCAACUAUGAAGACGCAGGACGCAUCCAAUUGGAACUGGCCACUACCAAGUCCGAUGAAUGCGGUACCUGGUGGGUUGGAGUCAAGAGAAUCAUUGAAUUCGUAAAGACGCUACCAUAAAGAAGUUUUAUAUUAAAGGAUCUUGACAUUUUUUUUUCUUACAUUGUCCACCCCUUUUUAUUUUCUCCCAUAAAAAUUGCUACUUUGUUUCGUGUGAUUUUAGCCAAUCGCGACGGCAACGUGUGCUGGUCUUUAUUUUUA